CGGGAAAUACGUUAUAAGUGGCCCAGGAGGUCGAUGGCGAUCUCUUCACAGUCAAUGCUCUGUCCACAUUGCCACAUGGCACUUGUUCUGCACUCAGAGUCCUGCAAGUUCCUGAAGCGAGUAAUGACUCUUCCUUUUAGGUGAGCAAUGGCCGGGAACCGCCCACAGAACAGGCGCUCGCCACUAUCACAGAAGAGACCUCGAACACCGAGACGGAGAGCAUGUGACUCCUGCUUCAGGAAGAAGAUCCAGUGCGAUCCAGAGUUCCCGCAGUGUAAUUGGUGCAAGCAUCAUAAUCUCGCCUGUACAUUCAAUCGUAUCCGGGGACAAGUCGACACAGGGAACCGCGUCGCUUUACCAGCACCCAGCGCGAGUGGGGGGUUGAGCGCUAGUAUAUGGCAUCGUGCGCAGAAUCUACUGGGAGACCCAUCACACCGAACGCCUGAUCCGACAUGGCCAUUAAGACCAGCAAAUACAUUCCUGAACAACGUCACCUAUCUCAGAGGACACCAUGUAUUCUCGGACGAAGGUCAGAGAUGGAUUGAGUCUCAGGUCGGGGAAAGCAUUAAAUUUGAUAAGCUAUUCUCUCUGGAGCUCCAUUGGCUGAAACCGCUGCGUUCGUAUACGGACCCCGGGCGGUUUCCCCCUCCCCGCCCAGAGCUGCCCAGUAGAGUCAACGUGGAAAGAUAUGUUCAGAUCUAUGUCUCAUCUUCUCAGAGCCUCGUAUUCCCUGUCAUUAGCCGGUCGUUAUUCGGGAAAACACUGGACCUCGCUUACAGUGCUGUGUGUUCCCCCGGUUCCGCGAGCGCCAAAUCGUGUGUGUAUGCCUUCCUCUCGCUUGUAUCCCUGUUUGGCCUUGAUGACAACAUCCACGGCGCUAUGGACUGUCAGUCCUAUGCCUUGGCGGUGCAAAGCUUUAUCACCCCGGUAAUUGAGAAGAUGACAGUCGACGGCCUCCAGUCAUUGAUCAUGCUGGUGCAACUCCAAUAUUUUCUAGGUGAUCUCCAGUCCGCAGCGGCGACGUUAUCCAUCGCGACGCGUCUUGUUUAUACUCUGGGAGCCCAUACUGUGCCCACCAAUAAGGCAUCACCCUCUUCUUUGCUCCCAUACGAUAAAAGCGAUUUAAGAUGCCACAUCCGAGAUCUCUUCUGGCUAUGUUAUUCAUUCGACAAGGACAUAUGCCUGAGGACGGGUCAACCACCGUGUAUCAAUGAUUCACAUUGCGAACUUACUUUCCCCUCCGAUUAUGCGCGGCUGCACGAUAUCAAUAUCCAACAAAGCUUGCCCCAGAUAGAUGACCAUAUGGUUCCUCUCUUUCCGUGGGAUCUCCGUCUCUCCCUGCUAAAAUCAAAAGUGCACCAAAACUUGUAUACCGCUCAUUCCGUCCAGCAGUCCGUAUCUGAGUUGUUAUCGAGGAUCCGAAGCCUCGAUGAGACUCUAGAGCAAUGGCGACUAUCGCUCCCCGCGGAGGUCCGUCCGACUUUAUACUUUUCCCGGGAAACGCCAGUGAGCGCCAAUCUAAACACACUGGCGGUAAUAUUGAGACUCGGGUACUAUCAUUGUGUGACCGUUAUCCAUCAAGCGAGCAGCAGAUGCCAAACCUUGGGGACCGAUCUUGCGAGACCGAGACCCGACGGCAUCGCCUCGAGCACAAGGAUUUCUAUUACUGCGAGCCGUUCAACGCUGUUAUAUCUUCACAGGGUGUUACCUGUGGUGAGCCCGGAAUGCUUUUGGUACGGGGUCGUCCUCUUUUACGCCAUCACCGCCGCCUUGACCCUCUUCUGCAAUAUCAUCUCGAACCCUCGCGAUUCGGACACCAAUCUUGACAUGGAAUUGUUGCAGAAUGUCCCCAGUUUGAUACGCAGUAUCCCGAUCCGGAAGUUAACCCUCGGCGAGGUCAUCCACCUGAAAUAUCUCGACGGCUUUAGCGCAGAGCUCGCGGGCAUUUGUGUACGUGCCAUAUCCAAGUCUCAAUAUGACACCCCUGGGACGGAUCCGUAG